GUGGCAAAGUGCAUCGUUAUGAAUUGUCCAACUGUGCGUGAAAUCAAGGCCAUAUGUGCAUGGGAGAAGCGCAACCAAUCCAAUGAACUUGAAAACUAUUGGAGGGAAAUAAAGGAGCGUAUUAAUAAUAUUGGGCCACUUCCACGUUUUAUUUUUAGUGAUGGUGCAUAUGAGGGGCGGUGCUUUAGAGUGCAAGAUACGUUGGAUCGCAUUAAAAAGCCCACCGUUUCAGAGUACAUGGAUAUCCUCAGAGGUGAUGGUGAAUGGAAAGAUAAUAGUCCUUCCCAUAAACUAGUAAAAAUAUACCGAUUGGCCAUUGACGAUGUCGAUCUUCCGAGGAAUGAAACAUUUACUAAUGAAUUGAGCAAAAAGAUAUUUGUUCGAGUGAUUGAAAUUUGUCACGCCCCAUACUUGAAAUUCUUUUUCACAGAUAGGGGCUUGUUCAUUGCCGAACAUUUUGAAAAACUUGGUGUUAUUGCUUUUAUAAAUAGGGAAUUUGUGACUGCACUUGGUGAAGUACUGACAAUAAUUCAACCACCUGAAAGUCGAAGGAAACAGAAGAGUGUUUUACAGCAGAGAGGGUUGGUUGCGUAUGCUAGUAAUGGGUAUGACCUCUUUCCCAGUAGUAUAAAUGAUGUCAGCAGGAAGAUAGAGUACAAUAAGCUUUAUCGUCCUUCUCCAUCUAAUUUCCCACUGGUGGAUGGUUUCUAUUUUGUGAAAUCCGAAGAGGAAAGGGUUACACUGAUUGGUAUACAAACGACAACUGCCAAAAGACAUGAAACUACAGUUACUGCAGUAAUUGAAUUCAAUAAAUAUCUUAAAAAUUGUUUUUCUGACUGGACUGAUGUUUCCAAGAAAGUAUCGUGGGAGAUCAUUUACUUGCAACCCUAUGACACUGAUGAAAGGAGACGAAUAAAAGGAUGGCAGAAGUGCACUUCGAAAAAUUCAGGAAAGUAUACCGUUGAGCAAAAGAACGCUACUGCCAAAUUCUGGAAUGAAAAGGUAAAUCAGUAUCAAGUGAACUUGUCUUUGGGAAUGGCAGUUCGCCUCGUUGAGUCUUUAGAGGAUACGCGCAAACGAAAAAAACUAUCUAAUGUCGAAGACUUAAUAAACGAAAAACGUAUAAAACGAACAAGACGCUAG